AUGAUGGUUAUAUUUACACCUCUUUUCAUUAAAUAUGAAUAAAAUGAUAAUCUGUAUAUAGAUUUUUAACGAAGAUGUUCUUCUUAUACAGAAUUGUUUUUAAAUUUUUGUUGCCCUGUAUCAAAUUAAAAUUUAAAUAGAAAUCAUUUUUUGAUAAUUUUUUUGGUAAAUCUCAUAUCAUAUUAUAAUAUUUACAAUUUAGACAUUUGUUAUUUUGAGUUCAUUUGUUUUGUACAUGAAUGA